CGCCCAUGUCUAUAAAAGAUUCUUUCGCGCUUCAUCUUCUUCACAAACCCCGCACAGAAUAGAAUCCAUCUUCCAUUCGUUGGUUCAUUCUUUCUUGGUUUCUUUUUCUUCAGCUUCUACCACACCCAUAACCAUGGCUCAGACUGUUGUCCUCAAAGUUGGCAUGUCAUGUCAAGGAUGUGCUGGUGCAGUGAGAAGAGUUUUAGGCAAAAUGGAAGGUGUUGAAUCUUAUGACAUUGAUAUGAAGGAACAGAAGGUGACAGUGACAGGAAAUGUCCAGCCAGAGGCAGUUCUGCAGACUGUAUCCAAGACCGGGAAGAAGACUGCCUUUUGGGAAGCCGAAGCACCGGUCCAGCCAGAAAUCAAGCCGGCUGAACCUGAAAGCAAGCCUGCUGCUGAAACUGCAGCACCAGCUGAGCAUGAAAUCAAGCCUGCUGCUGAAACUGCAGCACCAGUUGAGCCUGAAAACAAGCCAUCUGAAGCUGCUGCUUCAGUUCGUAAUGAAGACAAGCCUUCUGAAACUGCAGCAUCAGCUGAUCAUGAGAACAAGUCUUCUGAAACUGUAGCUGUUGCCUGAAACAAAACCAGUUGAUUGGUUCAAUUCCCAUAUGGAAGUAGUUGGGUCUAUUUGAUCAAAUUAAUACUUGCUGCACUUACAGAGAGAGCUUACUAUUAUUAAUAGCUGUAUAUCAUGAUGCCAUCGGAAGAGGUUUUUAUUUUAUAGUAUGUGCUUAUACUCUCUAAUCUAAAGCUUUAAUAACUUGUUGGUUUCUGUCAAGUUGUAAUGUGGCUGUAACAGCACUAGUGUGCUUUUCUACCCAGGAUUCAACUUUUUCCUUUCCUUAUUA